GUCGACCCAUCUUGCUGUCACUGUCCCUCGCGUGCAUCUCUUCUGCUUCAACAUCCUAUCCCUUACAUUCGUCCAGUCGCCCUAGUUCACCCCGGUUGAUCUUCACCUUGCUACUACAACCACCAUGUCGUCCCUCCGAUUCCAAGCUCCUCCUCUCGACAUUUCGUCCGUCCUGCACGGUGGGUUCCACCACCCCGUGCUCCGCAAGUACCAGAACAAUGGUCGCAACCUCACAAAGGACAUGUUCAUGUACCCCAUCUUCAUCUCCGACGACCCGGACGCCGAGCAGAUUGUCGCUACCCUCCCUGGACAGAAGCGCUGGGGCAUCAACAAGUUGGAGGGCUUCCUCGGACCCCUGGUCAAGAAGGGUCUCAAGAGCGUUAUCCUGUUCGGAGUGCCCAUGGAGAUGAACAAGGCAAGUACCACAGACGAGGUGGGCUCCCCUGCCGAUGACCCGGAGACUCCGGUUAUCAAGGCACUUCACCUCCUCUCCAAGCUCUUCCCGGGUCUCUUCCUGGCAGUCGAUGUGUGCUUGUGCGAGUACACUUCUCACGGACACUGCGGCGUCAUGUCUCAGCUUCCAAACCCGACGCACAGCAACUUCCCCACCCUUGACGCAGAGAAGUCCGCCCAGCGCAUUGCCGAGGUUGCGCUUGCCUAUGCUGAGGCUGGUGCCCACUGUGUUGCUCCGAGUGACAUGAUGGAUGGGCGCAUCCGUGCUAUCAAGCUUGCUCUCAUGCAGCACGGCUACGGAAACCGUGUAGCUCUGAUGAGCUACGCUGCCAAGUUUGCGUCUGGCCUGUACGGACCAUUCCGCGAUGCCGCCGGCAGUGCUCCCGAGUAUGGCAACCGCAAGUGCUACCAGCUCCCUCCCAACGCUCGUGGCCUUGCGAGACGUGCUAUUAAGCGAGACGCGGCUGAGGGUGCCGAUAUCCUCAUGGUGAAGCCCACGCUGCCGUACCUCGACAUCGUCUCCGACUGCGCACAGCUGGAGCCGGAUCACCCCGUGGCAGUGUACCAGGUCUCGGGAGAGUACGCCAUGGUCGUGGCCGGUGCCGAGAAGGGCAUCUACGACCUGAAGCAGAUGGCUUUCGAGACCGUCGAGUCGUUUGUCCGCGCAGGGGCGACCGUCAUCAUCUCAUACUUCACCCCUCAGUUCCUCGACUGGCUUGACGAGCCUCGCACCGAGUAGUUGAACGAUUUCCCUCUCAAUCUCUAGUCAAUGGCAUGCACCACCUCUCAUACCCAC